UCUGUAACUUGCCUUACUGGUGGGAAAGAAGGUGGAUUGUACUUUCUAACUACCUGUACUAUAAGUUCAGUAAGACUUUUGGUUUAAAAUCAGAUCUAUGUGGCUUUAGAUGGCAUGCUAACUGGGGUACCAUACGGACAAAUGCAGUAUUGCUAUAGAACUGGAUCAAUUCAAACAGGAGUGAUACAGACACCUGACAGGGUUACAUGAUGAAAUCCAUUUGGCUGCACAUCUCAUACUAACUGGAUCGGGACACAGAAAUUCACCAACAUUAGUACAGGAGGCGUAAUCGGUUCCAUAACACAAUGGCAAGAUGUUCCCCAUGUUGUCAGUGGUUGAAGAAAACAUGGGAGUCCCGGGCUCCGAUCCUGUUGGUGGUUGCAGUGGUUAUGUUUGUGGAUUGCAUUCUGUUCACUAUUAUUGCUCCAAUCGCCCCAGCUUUACUUUAUCACAUUGAGUAUGGGAGAGGAAACAGAACAUUUAAGAACUCCUCCGGUCAGUAUCCUGUCUCCAACUAUGAUUCCAUUUUUAAUCUUUCACACCUUGAAGACUCAAGAAAAGGACCUUACCAUGACCAGAUCAUUAAUAUUACUGAAAGUCCUGGAGAUAAAAAGAACUGCUAUGAGGGGAAGGACUUUUUAAACGAAGAGAAUGUGCGAGUGGGUCUUCUCCUUGCAAUUAAAGCCUUUCUUCAGCUUCUGUUUAACCCCAUUGUGGGUAAACUCGUUACCAGGAUUGGAUAUGAUGCCCCAAUGUUUUUUGGCUUCGUAAUUGUGGUCGUCUCCACUCUUUUGUUUGCCUUUGCCAACUCAUAUGCCCUUCUUUGUGUGGCCAGGGGGUUCCAGGGAAUUGGAUCAUCCUUCACCAUGGUGCCGGCUCUGGGCACGCUGGCACAAGUGUUUCCGGAUGAUGUCGAAAGAGGAAAAGCCAUGGGUUUAGCCAUGAGUGGUGUUGCCAUUGGGGUGCUCGCUGGACCUCCCUUUGGGUCUGCCAUGUAUGAAUUUGUUGGAAAAUCUUCUCCAUUUCUGGUUAUAGCUGCAUUAGCUCUUCUUGAUGGAGCACUCCAGUGUUGUGUACUUAAGCCUACAAAGUUUUCCCCAUUGAGUGUACCUGAAACACCCUACAGGGUUCUCCUCACGGAUCCAUACAUUGUGGUGGCUGCAGUGGGUCUCUGUAUUUGUAAUUUUUCCUUUGGCAUAAUGGAACCAACUAUACCAAUAAGAAUGAUGGAAACCAUGUGCUCCCCUCCCUAUCAGCUUGGACUGGCUUUUCUUCCCUGUAUGCUUGCAUAUUUCAUUUGCCUCAAUCUUUUCGCGGGGUUUGCUCAUAAAAUCGGGAGGUGGCUAUGCAUUAUGAUUGGAAUGAUGGCUCUAGGAAUCAGUGUCCUGUGUUUGCCUUUAGCAAGAAAUAUUUUUGGACUGAUUGCACCUCAAGCUGGAGUGGGAAUUGGCUUUGGAUUAUUUGAGACAUCAAUGUUUCCGAUGAUGGCCCACCUGGUCGAUAUACGGCACACUUCAAACUAUGGGGCCAUCUAUGCCAUCUCCGAUAUUGCUCUGUGUAUUGGUUAUGCGCUGGGCCCAUCAUGUGGAGGCGCCAUUGCCAAGGCCAUUGGAUUCACCUGGUUAAUGGUGAUAUUAGGUAUAAUAAACCUUGUUUAUGCCCCUCUCUUCAUUCUACUGCGCAACCCACCAGGCAAGGAGGAGACAAUGCCUGUACUCAGCCAAGAGGAGACGCAAGAGCAGGAAGAAUCAAAACCUCUUCCCACCAAAGUGGCUGAUAGUCACGAGUGACAAGGAGAUUGCCCGUGGCUCCAGGAAUAACAAGAACAAAGUCUUCUGGCCUUAGUCAGAUUAAAGCAAAAUGAUAGGAUCACAGCUUGUCAGUUUUUUUGUACCACUGACAACAGGUUAAAAUGGACACCUAUUAGGGGAAUUUACUAAAUACUGCACUGGCACAUUCAGGGCCCUCACUGUUUCUGCUGUGCCUGUGUAUAUGCAAUCUGCCUGCUGAGAAGGAGGAAUGGACGUACUUUCCCCAGUUUGAUGAGAAACAGAACAGGGGAUAUGAAUUGUCUUACAAGGGAUACAUGUUUAAUAAGCUAAUUGGAAAAUAAAGGUUUGGUAAUAAAUUCAGAAGUAAUUCAGCAGGAAUUCACAGAGAUUCAUUCUGGGAUAUGUGUGUAAGAGUUUCAGAGACUUCCUUCCUCUAUGCUGUGAUUCUGAUAGAAAACAAAUAGAAUAUGCAUUGUUCUUAGAAUUAUUUUUAAAAAUUUGAUUUAUUUGCUUAAAAUGGAAUCUAUGGGAGACGGCCUUGCCAUAAUUCAGCACUUUCUCCAUAAUGGGUUUCUGGAUAAUGGAUCCCAUACCUGCAUAUAUAUAUUUAGACAUCAUAUUUUUUUCCGGCAUUUGAGAACAUUGCAGGAAAAAACUAGCAUUCAUAAGUCGUUUUUUUAAUUAUGAAUUUUCCAAACUAAAAUUUCAAGAUUCAUCAAUAGAACAAAAAAUCUGGAACAUUUGAAAGAAAAUAUCCUGGUGAAGUCAAUGGAAAAAAAAUCAUGAAAAGAAAAUAGAAUAUUUAUUGUUCUGGUCUGAUACAGGAACAUAUGCAACCCCUCAUGUCUUCCUCAAUAUUCUUGUAUAAGGUAAACAGUUUAUAUGUAUUUAUGCUGCUUUCCAGAUGCCUCCGGUCACGGAAAUUUGAAAUUAAGUUUUUUUACAAAUAUGAAA